AAAUUACACAGCAGGAAGGAACUGGCAACACUGCUAGUUUUUCUAGUUUAUGGCAAGUCGCCGCUUGUGACAGUUCGCGAGUGAAAAUUCGGAAAUUAUGAAGUAGAAUAUUUUCUAAAAUAUUGUGUUUAAAUGACAGCAGGAAAAGAAACUAUGGGUGAGCAGCCGAUCUUCACGUGCAAGGCGCACGUGUUCCACAUAGAUCCUAAGACGAAGCGCUCGUGGAUGUCCGCGAGUUCCGCCGCGGUGUCCGUCUCCUUCUUCUACGACUCCUCCAGGAACCUGUAUAGGAUCAUCAGCGUUGAGGGCACUAAGGCGGUGAUAAACAGCACGAUAACAGCAAACAUGACAUUCACCAAAACCUCACAAAAGUUCGGGCAGUGGAGCGAUGUUCGUGCUAACACUGUGUACGGACUCGGCUUCGCGUCCGAAGCUGAGUUAGGCAAGUUCAUAGAGAAAUUCCAAGAGGUAAAAGAGGCGAUACAAGCGCAACAGUGUUCUGGCGGGAAAACGACGACGAAUGGCAACAGUGGCGCCGCCACGCCUGUUGCCUCCGCAACUGCUAGUCCCUUAUUGGCUGGCAGAGCUUCCCAACCCGACGACGAGCCUGCUGUCUCGCCUGCACAGCCGACCAAAACGGACAACGAUGAAAUGAUGGUACACCAAAGAGCACACUCAGUGUCCUCAACUUUGCAGGGCGGAUACGCGACAGUGGGUCGUGCCCCACGUGCUCCGCUGUGCUCCGCCUCGGCCGCGGAGCCGCCGCCGGCCGAGUGCGGCGAACACCAGCUGAGAUACGAGAACGACCGGCUCAAACUGGCGCUCGCGCAGAGUUCGGCGAACGCGAAGAAAUGGGAGGUGGAGCUUGCAACGCUAAAGAGCAACAACUUGCGGUUGACAGCCGCUCUGCAAGAAAGUACCGCCAACGUGGACGAGUGGAAGCGACAGCUCCACCAGUACAGAGAGGAGGUGGCCAGGGCGCGGCAUUACGCGGGGAAAGGCGGAGAUGCGAAUGAAGUAGAGCAGUUGCGGCAACGCAUUGCGCAACUGGAAGCUGAACUCGCUCAGAAGAAUGAGGAGCUCGCGCAGAUCACCAAGUCCAGGAAGAGUGAACAGGAUGCGGAAGCGAAACUGGCCCAGAGUCAGCUAGAGCUAGCGCUGGCCGCGCAGGACGGACAGCGGCAGGUGAUACAGGCGCUCAGCGACCAGCUCGCGCGGCAGCUGGAGGAGCUGAGCACGAUCCACCGCGAGAUAAACACCGCGUUGCAAACAUGAGACAUGCCCCCGCCGCCGCCGCCGGCCAUCUACGCGGCCGUGCACAAGCCGCGCGCGCUGCCGCUGCUGCUCCACCACGCGCCGCCCACACUCGCGCACACACACACACUCACACACACACUCACACACGCACACACACACGCGCCGCACACUCACACGCAGCGCACGCGCGCCGACGGCGAGGAGCCAACUUAUGUCACGGUUAAAGCGAAGAAAUGAAAAGGAUUCUCGGUAUUUCGCAAGGUGCACGAGUUUUUUUAAUUUAUUUUUAGUUUUAGUGGGGGUUCGGUGAUUAGAUUGGAUGUUUCGAAGUUUUUUUGCUGUUCAUGAGUCGAUUGUAAUAAAAAAUUACUCCUCGCGUGUGCGCAUAAGGAGUGUUACACGCUUGGCGCAUUUUCGGCAACAUAGUCAUUCUACAUAAUUUUCAAAUUUAUUAUAUAGAUUAUUUCUACUCACCGCGGUAUAAAAUAUAUAAUUUAUCAUAUUACCAUAAACCAGUCAAAAUUUUAUCAAAAGGCAAAAUUUAGAUAAAAUUAAGAUAUAUCAACAUCUUCAAUUUCAGACUUCCAAAUGUGAUAUCGAUCGCCGAGUCCUCCAUUUUGGUGCAAUUUUGAAGUUUUAAUCUCACGAAAUGUAAAUAAAACAAAUUGAUAUUAUUUAUUAUAUUUUCUAACGGCUAAAUAGUCGAAAGUAAUCCUUUCCUUAUGUUCCGUUUUGUCACCGUCUGAAUAACAUUAAUACCUUACUAUUGUAGAAACAAUGAUAGGAACUUAAGGAAAUAAUUACUUAUUUUGGCAUUUAGUCUCUCUGAAAAUCUCGAAUAUUUCUUGCUACUAUAUUUAAUUUCAAUAUGAAUAUACAAUUUUGAACAAAAAGUUUGUAUACCUUAAGUUAUAUUUAAGAUUUUUUGCUAUAUAUUAAUAUUUUAAUUGAAGAGUUAAUAAGUUGUUGCUUUUCCAGUCUAUGUAACGUUUUAGUGAAAUACCAUGUUAAUUAUAAGAAAUUGAUUCUCGACUUUUGAGUAUUUAAAAAGCAUCUAUGGUAAUUCAUAAAAAUAUUGUUUUUAAGAAAAAAAAAACUAACGUGUUUUGUUUAUUCUGAACAUCAUUGCUAACAAAUGGUUUUAAUAGACUGGACUCAUAAUUUUUCUCGAAUUUUCCAAGAUCAUUUUGAAAAAUACGCUGAAUUGAAGGCUUCUUCUGUCUAUUCGUGCGAACCCACCUUAAACCUUAAGUCUAUGUAAAUACGUUUCAAUAUCGUGCAACAGCGAUUGUAUGCCAAAAAUUUAUUAUUAAAUUUAAGCGAACCAUAGAUUCUUAUCCUCAUAAUAUUCGAAAAUGUAGUGUUUUUCGUAAAUAUUGUACGAAUAGGAAUGUUACAAACAAAUAGGCAUAUGAUCUGUCUUAUAGUGCGUGGUUACUAUUACAUGAAAAAUCAUAUAAAAAGCAGUGAUAUCACUUACCAGUAUCAAUAAAUAUUUUCCUGCACUUUGUCUAAUAUGAUAAUUAUCUCACGACCCUGGAGGAAAUUUAUCCUUGAAGCAUACGUGUUAAAAACUUCUAAUGGCUUUACACGCUCGCUGUAAGAAAAUACGCCUGACGUGUUUGUGAAAAGUAACUUCGGCACGACCCGGUCGUGGGUUGAAGCAUAAGAUAAAGAUAAUUUAUCAUAUAUCCAUGGCCGUACAAUCAGGUGGGCCGUAUGCCUGUCUGUCUUCUUAAAUCCCAGAUCGAGGAUUAAAAUCGAAUGGUUCUCUUUAUUAGAUUUCAUAACUUAAAUUAAGUGUAUUUGGCAUCGCGGUGGAAUACCGAAUUUAAAGUUUUUAGAUACCUACCGGAGUCUUCGCCUCUAUAGGCCGUGCCAUUUCUAGUGUACGUGUAAAAUUUCCUAAUAUAUAUGGUAAAAUUAAACUUAAAUUACUAUUGAAACACUAAGCCUUGUAAUACGCUGAAACGAAAGUAUUACUUUUUCAAGAUUGUCUUGAAAAUUUAUUUAUUGUGGAUUUUGUUUAUAUAUUUCCACUGUCGUUAUUAAAUUGAAUAAUUAGAUUUGUGAGUGUCAAAAUUCACUUUUUUGACGUUUCGUAUUAAUGGAUUACAAUCCUUAGCGCUAAAAAAUCACAUUUGAUUGAAUGUGGGUUUUACUCCUUUGAACAUUAUAUGAAGGACUAACGACAAACAGACUAACAUGGAAGAAUUAAACAUAUAAUCAAUCAAUGAUUAUAGCUUUUAUUGAUGUCAAUUCAUAUUUUGAUUAAUUUUGGGAGAAUGUGCCAAGCGUACUGAUGCGAGACACGCGCGGCGCGUUUACGAAAUCCAGUAUAUAUUAAAACAUAAACGUAAGCGAAAUUAAAUGACUAUCUACUAUGAUUUACUAUCUUAUGUGGUCAUAAAAUACAUACAUAUAACUUAAUAUAAAAUCUAGAACGUAUGACUUGACAUCAAUAAGUGUGUUUUUCAGUCGCGAGGCGAAUCGAUCCCAAUUCGUUUUGAGACGAAAAGGGAUUUUAAAAUGGAAAUUGAUGCUUCGAUACAAAAAAAAUUGAAAAAGUUAAAUUAAAAGUAUUGUGUAGUUUUAAGAUAUUUUACAUAAUGUAGAGGUAAUUUUCCCUGUGUAUUGAUUCAUCCAUUUUGAUCUGUAUUAUGCAUUUUACCCGACUGCUAAGAACAAGUAGGAUUCUAAUGUUGUUGGUUUUGCGUUCUAUAUCUUCUAAACUUUAAAUCGUAAUCGAAAUUUUAAAUGGUGUGUAAGAUAUUUAAUUAUUUGUAUUGAUAUUCGUUUAAUGUUUAGGAUUUAUUGCAUCGCAAACAUGGAUUUUGUUAUACGUGAGUUCUCUUAUUAGUCGGGGCCUUUUUAUUUAUAUAAUAAUUCUAUGCAUUUUCUUUAUAUGUCUCCGCUCUUUUAAUGUAUUCCUAGAAAUCGUGAUAAUUGUAAGAUACAUUAUUAUUUGUCUAUCCUACUGUGUAGGCUACUAUAAUCCUGUAUUUUAGGUAAUGCAUUGGUCGCAGUGAUUGUAUGAAAAUAAUUUUAAAACUGGCAUAUUAUUCCAUUUUUUAAACUUACCUUUUUGACCCACGUGUUACAUAACAUCAUAUAACAUAUUAUGUAAUAACGACAACGACACGUGUUUUUUUUAAUAACUCAGUUUGUAAUAAUAAUCAUUACAAAUUGAGUUGUUAAAAAGACACGUGUGAAAGAAGUCGUGUUUUUUCUUUUCUUUAGUUUAGUUGCACUUUAUGGCGCCAUCUUAAUAUAUCUGUUUGGUUUAAUGGUUGACUGGUAGAGAACGACAUGGGGCGUUACCUUUUUUUUUUGUAAUUAAAAGUAAAUUUUGUGCAAUAAAGAUUUUAAAUAAAUUAAUAAAGGGAACCACAUUUUAGCUGGUACCUAUUUCGUCAUACUGCAAAAGUAUUUUAUAUAAAUUUAUUAUGUUAUAGUAAUCACUGUGGCCAAGUAUUUUAAAUGUAAUAUGUAAAUCCUGUAGUUGUAAGAAGAUCACGUCCGUCUACUCCAGAAUAUGAAGUACCUAGUUUUAUUUUUGCUUUAACUCUUUUUAAAACCCUGUGUCGAAUAGAACCCUUAGCAAAUUUAGUGGUUACUGGGCGGGCGAUGGGUAUUCAUGGCUAUUCAAUACAAACUUAUUUAUUUAAAUCUAUUUUUUUUUAUAAUUAUCCAAUAAAUAUGGAUCAGGAUUUUUUAAAGUUAUUGUAUUAGAAAAGGAAUAUAUUAUGUUCCGUACAUACAAGAAUGAAAUCGUAAUUUUUAUAUAAUUGUGAUUGUAUUUGUUUUAAUGAAAAAGUUAUUUAGUUUAAUAGCAGGGUUACACUGCAAGUUUGGACUUAAUUUAUGAUUGAACUCAAAAAACAGAAUACGUUCAAUCAAAAAAAUAGGUAGGUACCUAAUUGACUGGUUUUCGGAAAGUAAAUCAAGUUGCUUAUUACAUAUACAAUAAUUCCAAUACAAUUAUAAAACAAUGAUCAAACAUGCAAAUUUAAACAAUUUAUUAAUUACUUUUUGACAAUUCACAAAUAUUUUUGAAGUAUGGUUUUGCUAGAGGCUUGAAAAGUAAUUUCUUAUAAACUGACACCAGACUGAGCGGUAUUUUCAAUGUAUUCAAAUACCCAAAUUUUCCCUGCGAUCGAAAUAUUACAUGUUUUAAUAAAGUACAAUCUUAUUCCUUCUAGUCCACUAAUUUGAUAGCAAGUACCUAUCGCCUGUCACGAUAAAAUUAAAUUAAAAAAAAAAAAAAACAAAAGAUAUCAUUGACAAGGCUGAGGACACAAUUUUUAUGAUAUACAAUGUCUUCUUAACAGGGUAAUUUCAUUUACUGUUGUGUAUUUUGAAUAGAAGCGUUGUUAUUCGAUUUUUACUCUUGUCUACUAGGCCACAAGGUUCAUUCUUGUAGUCUACAUGCAAAACGUGUAGAUUUAAAAUGUAAUAGAGAUGACCAAAAAUUAAAAUAAUAUUAUCGAUAUUAAUACUCUAGUCUUACAUUAGUGCAGUUCAAUGUGGUUUAUUAAAUAUGUUUUUUUUUUCGAUUUAUUGUGAUAGUAAAAAUAUAUAUUUAAUCAGUAUUACCUGUUGAUGACGUAAAUUGUAAUUUUUUUAUUAAUUUUUGGUCGUGUCUAAAGGAAUAGGGUAAAAUAUUGCCCAAAUUAUUGUGAAUCAUUAAGGGCAUAAUCCAAUUUAAUGUAUUAUCCGUGUACAUGAACAAUAUUCAAUAUAAACUUAGUAUAAUUGCUAUCAAAAUUCUUUUCGCUGCUACUUCAAUUAUAUUAUUAAACAUUAUUUAAAUAGAUAAAUUAAUUAAUAGUUUUAGAAAUAUUAAUGUUAUGAUGUCCUACUAUUUAUUUGUACAUGUAAACUGUUUAUCACAUUAUAUAUAUAGUUAUAGAUAUAAAGUAGAACCGAUUGAUCUGUUGGUACUUUGAGAGUGUAUAGGUUAGAGUAAGUGUUAAUUCCGAACGAAAACAGAUAAAUGUGAUUGCGAUAACAUAAAAAGUUUAAGAGGGUUUACUUUAAUCUGUAGACUUAAACAGAAAUGCAGAAAAUACAUCUUAUGAAGAUCCAGUGUUAUACAUAUAAAAUAUUCUGAAAUUAAAAUUUAUUACAUAUAUGCAAGCAAAAAAUGUUUCGUCGGAUGUUCUUAAGACAAUCGCAAUUUUGACAAGUUUGGUCGACCAACUUGUUAUGAAACAUGUUUGCCAACUUGCUCGGUCCGUACCCACCGAACGCAGUGCCAAUACUCUCCGACCUGCUCAUGUUCGAUAAUGUAUUGUAAUCGCAUUUAGGAUGUAAUUAUUCAAUAUAUUAUGUGCCAGUCUGCGCUGCAUUUGUUCUUGGAAAUUGAAAAAAAAAAACAGUUUCCGCAAUAUUGCGUAACAAUAUUUUGGCGCCUCUGUACAUUUUCAAGUCUAUUUAAAAAUUAUUGUGAACAUGUGAAAUUUUAUUGAACAUAUAUUUUCAUUACGUUUUGUAAUGUAUUGUGAAAUCUUGCCAAAUUUUAUCAAUUUAAGUACGUGACUUCUUUUAUGUUACGUGAUUAAAAUGUAACAUAAAUAUUACUAUGAAAUGAAUGGUGAUAUAAGUUAUACACCUGUUUUAGCAAUAAAGACUUUGAUUUGAAAGGAAUUUCAUGUGUUACUAAUCCAUUUUUCUAAAGAUUGUAUAUAUUUUUUCGCUAAAUCAGUAGUUUGUGGUAUUCCUUAUUGUAUUUAUCAUGUUGACAAGUGCGCCGCAGACUUAGUAAUGUGUACGUAUCUUCCAUUAGGCCCGUAGUCGCUGUGAGCUACCUGCAUAUUAUAACAAUAAAUACGAUAUGGAUUUA